UGCAUCAUGUCUGGAAGAGGAAAAGGCGGAAAGGGACUCGGAAAAGGAGGCGCGAAGCGUCAUCGUAAAGUUUUGCGUGAUAACAUCCAGGGCAUCACCAAGCCUGCCAUCCGUCGUCUCGCUCGACGCGGCGGAGUGAAACGUAUCUCCGGUCUCAUCUACGAGGAGACUCGUGGUGUGUUGAAGGUGUUUCUGGAGAACGUUAUCCGUGACGCCGUCACCUACACCGAGCACGCCAAGAGAAAGACCGUCACCGCCAUGGACGUCGUGUACGCGCUCAAGCGACAGGGACGCACUCUGUACGGCUUCGGAGGUUAA